AUGUCCUUAUGCCACAAAGCAACAAUAGAAAAUACGCACGUGUAUGCUUUCUUGUCCAUGGGGCAUGUGCUCUUGCCGAUUCCUCGGUUGUCAAACACGCAUACCUCCCUGCCUACCGGUCGGCCCUGCACACUGCAGGAGGGGCGGCGGCGUUGUCAUCCGAGCCAGCGGCUGGUGCUGCAGCGGAAGGAUAAGGUGGUGCAGCGGAGGGAGACGGCGGUGCAGUGGAGGGAGAAGGCGGUUCAGCGGAGGGAGAAGGCGGUUCAGCGGAGGGAGAAGGCGGUUCAGCAGAGGGAGAAGGCGGUUCAGCGGAGGGAGAAGGCGGUGCAGCGGAAGGAGAAGGCGGUGCAGCAGAGAGAGAAGGCGGUGCAGCAAAACGUGCUGCAUCGGAAGUUUCACUUGUCCGUCAUCGCUGCAUUCUUCCCUUUUCGCACUCGCUCCGUUGUUUCUCUUCCCAUCGCUUGCAUUUGA